GAAGCCAGUGGGAGGACUCUGUAGCAGAAGCGCCUUUAACCGGAGCAAGUAGUUGCUACCUUUCCAGGGAGGGGAAAAGGGAGCUAAGGAGCCUUGUCCUCUGCAGCAAGCACCCUCCUCCCAGAGGUGGGGAGAAGAGGCGCACCGUUCUUGGUCUGCCCCCCCCCCCCUGCUUUCAGCUUCUGCAAGUGGAAGGAAACGUCUUUGCAGCAAGUAGACGAGAACGCCAAAGUGCUUUAAGCUUUUGGAUCACUAAAGCUUCCGCGAGGCUCCAUUGUACUGCGCGGAUUUUUUCCCCAACUACUACUUUUUCUUGUCUUCAGGGGCUUGGAGAAAGCUGCAGGGCAUUUCCUCCCAGCAACAGCGGUUUGGUUUCUACGCGCCUUCGUCUUGCAAACCAACCCCCUCCCCCCCAAUUUUGGCCUUCUCCCCUUGCGAUCCUGAUGAAAAAUCACAUCUGGGGCAGCUCCCCUAGGGCUCCCAUGGCCGCAGCUAUGCCGUGGAAGAGCGUGGAGUGGCUACAGGAAGAACUGGAGUCCAGCGGGGGCAGCUCGCUGUUGCUGCUCGAUUGCCGUCCCCAUGAGCUCUUCGAGUCGUCGCAUAUCGAGACCGCCAUCAACUUGGCCAUCCCGGGCCUGAUGCUCCGGCGCCUCAAGAAGGGCAACUUGCCCAUCCGCUCCAUCAUCCCCAACAAUGAAGACAAGGAACGCUUCGUCAAGCGCUGCAAGGCGGACACGGUAUUGCUGUACGACGAGGCCACGGCCGAGUGGCAGCAGGACACAGGCGCCCCGACCUCCGUCCUCGGUCUCUUGUUACAGAAGCUACGCGACGACGGGUGCAAGGCUUUUUACCUGAAAGGUGGAUUCAACAAGUUUCAGACAGACUAUUCAGAGCAUUGUGAAACCAGUCUUGACACUUCUUCUCCCACCAACUCUCCUCCUGCAUCAGUUCUUGGUCUGGGUGGGCUGAGGAUAAGCUCCGAUUUUUCAGAUGGGGAAUCUGAUCGGGAACCAAGCAGUGCCACAGAAUCUGAUGGGAGCCCGAUCCCGAACAACCAGCCUGCCUUCCCUGUCCAGAUUCUCCCUUAUUUGUACCUGGGCUGUGCCAAAGAUUCCAGCAACCUGGAUGUCUUGGGCAAGUAUGGCAUCAAGUACAUCCUGAACGUUACUCCCAACCUUCCCAACAUGUUUGAGCACGACGGAGAAUUCAAGUACAAACAGAUUCCCAUCUCGGAUCACUGGAGUCAGAAUCUCUCCCAGUUCUUUCCUGAGGCCAUUGCUUUCAUUGAUGAGGCCCGUUCCAAGAAAUGUGGUAUCCUUGUUCACUGCCUUGCUGGCAUCAGCAGGUCUGUAACAGUAACUGUUGCCUACUUAAUGCAAAAGCUCAACUUGUCUCUGAAUGAUGCCUAUGAUUUUGUGAAAAGGAAAAAGUCCAAUAUCUCCCCAAACUUUAACUUCAUGGGCCAACUCUUGGACUUUGAGCGGACUUUGGGACUCAACAGCCCAUGUGAUAACCGCUCCCCCAGUGAGCAGCUUUACUUCACCACCCCGACAAAUCAUAACUUGUUUCAGCUGAACACGUUGGAGUCCACAUGAAGGGGAUUUUCUUUGGGGCACCCUGAGCCUUGAAUAGCUUCUCUUGAGCAUUUCAAAUUCAUUAAAGGAAAACAAGAAAAGUCUUUCUGGUCAGCCAUGAAAGAACUGGUUUCUCCAAGCAGAGCUGUCUGAUUGCUGCUCUACUGAAAAGGCUUAUGCCGUUUAUUAGUAUUCUGAUGCUAAUCAAAAUGGGUUCAGAGGAGUUACCUUAUCAGAGUUAUUUAAUGUAAGGGGAUGGCCUGGCAUUCUGAACACAGCUGUUACUGGCAAUAACUGCUCUCCUGAGUGUGUAAGGAACUGACACAGCACACACCACCUGUGCAAGCCACACUUGUGUGCAAAAGCUGCUUGUGUGUAUGUGAGCUGGGAGUGGAAAGCAAAGGAGACUUUAUGCACUUGGCAACCUUGACCAAUAAGUGUUGGCCUGAGACUGUUGUUUAAAAAAUCCAGUUUACUUUAAAAAAAAAAAGAGGUAAUCUUUACUCUUUCUUGGGUUCAAACUCUUUUUAAAUAUGUAUGUUCCUGACUGUUUGUACAGACAAGGUUGCAAAACCAGUAUUUUAUUCUGUUAUUGUUCAAAUUCAUGUUUUUUAGAUAAAGGAGAAGAAUCCAAUGUUUCUAUUGACCAAAUGCAUUUUGCACACUUUGUAAAGCCUUGAUUACGUACUGGCAUGUUACUGCGUACUGGGAGUGAGCAAGGCAGACACCUUGCUGCUGCUGUUGGCACCUGGGUGGAGCUUUCAUGACUUGUGAGGGCCAGCUGGUGAUAACACUCCCUCCAUCAUGCCCACAUUCACAAUCUCUUCUGCACUGAAUCAGCCAAGGUGACUAAGCGCCAAUGUGCAUUUUUUUUUUAAAGAACACCACCUUUGCCAAAAACAAACACACCCACACCCCUUCCCUAUACCAGUUACCAUUCUGGUGUUACCUGAGAUUGCGUCUUUCCUAACCUCCAUCCAGAGCUGGCAGAAGCAUGUUUUAAAGGUUCUCAGUCGCUCUGCUCAGCCUGUUAUGACUGUUAACGUCACCCAGCUGGCCUGAAAUCAUUCCAGCUUCCGAAGCAAUGAAAAUCUUUUCAACAAUGUUGGCAUUUAUCUAGCGCGCUUGCCUCUUCUGUGGCGGGAGGAGCAGCAUGGCAGUGAGGCUAGGCGCAGCCGAUGAUCUGCUAUUUAAGUGGGCUUGUGCUCAGCUAAGACUCUUCUAAUGCAGAACAAGAGGACAUUGCGUAUGAACCACAGGCGGGCAUGGGAUUGCGCUGUUGGGAAAAGGGGUGGGGAAGUGGGUGAUAGCUAAAGCUACUGGAGCUUUCUGGUGAAUUUUCUUUUUUCUGGGUAACUUCUUUGCUGUGCCUUCUACAACAAGAAGACUUGUUUAUAUUUCUCACUAAUAUAUGGGUGGAAAUACAUCUUGUAUUAUACUGGAAGAGGGAGAAGUGGUGCUUAUAUUUUUUUCAGGAGGGCCGAACAGACAAGGAAAAUAUGUACUGGCUUCAGGGUAGUCCCUCCUUUUUUCCGCCUCCCUUUCCACUUUCAUUCUCAAAGUAACUUAAAGCCACGGAUUCCCCCCACCCCCAAAAUAUUCAGUUUUAUACUUUUUCAACAAAUAAAAACUAUCUUCAUGUGAAAGAAUGUUUAAUGCUGUCGCAUCAAGAAAUUGUGGUGGUUUUUUUUGUUAAAUAUUCAUUCCAGAAUAUUGGAAUGAUCUCUUUUUGUUAGUUUGUUCAUUUGUUCUUAUUUUUUUUUAAAAAAAUGUAAUAAUGUUGGGGUUGUUGGGGUCAUUAGGGCAAGAGAAGUGGAGCGCAGUGUGUGGACGAGCAAGCAAGUGGGGAUUCUCUUAACUGCAUCUUACCUCAAGGAGGCAUUUUAUUUUUUCAGGGAUUUAGACUGUGCAUCUGUAUCUUGUUAAGCUGGUUUGUAUAAAGGCUUCCUGUGCCAAUGGUGGUCUUCUUAAAAGAUGCAUCCUCCUCGUAUAAAUGAGAGUUUGCUAGUGAGGGACAGCUUUGCUUUCUGUGUUAUGAAGGAAAAAUGAGUGACCCUAUAUAUCCUGAGCCCAGUAUUGGGACUGUGUUUAUAUUGCAAAUAAAUAUUAUUUUUUCUUUAAAA